UUUAUUGCUACAAAGGGAACUGACUUCUCAACUAAUAUCCUUUCACCCUCUCUGUUUCGUUGGGAAGCUUAAAAGAACCCACCUUAGAUUCAUUCUUCCUUCACUUCACAAACCAACGCAACAGGCUCUGUUUCUGUUGUAAUAGAGAUAGUGCCUGUCGACAUUUCACGUGGGACCUGUGUUCAUUUCGGACUCACAAUUCCUCAAGAAACAGAAAAAGAUCAUAAACUACUUAUGCUCUCUUCCUCCUCCUAGCUUCCUCCACCACCACCACCCUCCAAAUUUCUCUAUCACUCUCUCCUUCUUCAAAGAAUCGAAAGAAAAAAGGCUUGUUUAAAUGUAAUAACACAACAGCAACUGCGCAACGCGUAAGAACAAGAAAACAUGAUGCUUUGAAAACUCUCUCUCAAACAAGAACUCCUCCUCUGUGUUUCUGCUCCAUGGACUCAAGAACGAUUCUUGAACAUGCGCGGUUCCAGCUCACUCCCACCAGAACCACGUAUGGGCAUUCCUUAUUUACAUGCAAACUGGCAAUUUUUGCGUUUGUUUCAGCUGAUUGAUAUGGUUUUUUUUUUAAAAUUCUUUUUUACUGAAUUAAUUCUUGAAGUUGUGAUCUGUUGAUUUUUGCUGGUGGUGUGAGUGAGAAAGUGGCAUCUGGCCUCCUAGAACCGUUUGUUUUGCAUUUAAAAACCGCUAAAGAUCAGAUAUCAAAAGGUGGCUACUCCAUCUUCCUUCGUCCUGUCCCUGCAAAUGCCCACUGGUUUACUAAGGCCACUCUCCAGAGGUAUAAAUAAUCUCAUCUCCUUUGCUGAUGGUUUCGGAGCUUCACGUAUAAGGUAUAAAAGGUUACCAAUAAUCAAUCUGAUACGCUACAACUACCUUUUGGAGGUAGUAGUAACAGCUUAAGAUCUAUAUCUGAUUUUACUCUGGGAAGCAUGCUUAAAUUUUGUGGAAUUAUGCAAGAAAAAGAACCAAGAUCGGCUUUGGAUGGAUGAAAUUGCAGCUAUGCAGGCAUCCAGACUGGAGUUAACUUAUCUCAGAACUUCUGGAAUAGUGCUUGCCAGUGAGGAAAAUUAUCCUAGCCAAAUCAGUGGUCUCUCUGGUGGGAAACAGAACGGCUCAAUCGCAUCAGUGUCUGAAUCAAGUCUUGGAAGUUUAGACAUAAACCAGGUGUUUUGCCAACAUCAGCUCCAGUGCAAUCAACAGAUGAAAAAACGCAAGUGGCCAUGACAUGGCCAAACCAUCUUCCUCAAUGCAUGCACAAUUUUCAAGGACAUGUAUUUCAACAAAUGCCCCCAUAUCAAGGCUACCUUUUUCCUGGUAUGCAAGUCCCCCCUCCAUAUUUUCAAGGGAAUAUGCUGUGGCCUCCAAAAGUGGAUGAUUCUAGCCUCGGGCAUGACUGGGAACCAGAUGGUAAUAAAAAGCAUAAAUCAUCAUCCAGGAAUAAGAAGUCGUCACAUGAAAAAGGACUGGAAACUUCAAACCCUGUUGAUUCCACUGAACCUAGUGAUUCCAGCUCAGACACCGAAUCAGAUGACAAUUUGCAGAAUGGCGAAAAGCAGUCUUCAGUUGAGCAGGUACGAAGGAAGAAGUCCUCUACAAAGGUGGUCAUCCGCAAUAUUAAUUACACUACUUCUAAGAGGGAUGGAGAGAAGGGCAGCAUGUCUGAUGAGACAUCUGAUGAGGACGAAUUCAUUGAUGGAGAAGCUCUCAAGCAGCAGGUGGAGGAAGCUGUUGGUUCAUUGGAAAGAAGACAUAAAUCAACCUCACGUCAUAAUAAGAAAUCAAAUCGCAGCAUUAUAGAUUGUUCAAAUGACGAAGAUAAUAAGAAUCUGCCAAUAAUCCUGGGGGACAAAAAGGAAAUGAACAGUAAGUGCCUCCCAUAACCUUAGGAUAAAGCGUUGUACACUGUGGGAAGCGUGUAAAC